AUGAACCUGCCAACCGCCGCACCUCAUGAACUGAGCUCCGGCUCUGCUCAGCUACCCGUAGAUAGUGCAGCACUAUCUACUAGUGUAGCACUAGGGACGUCCAUGGAGAGAUCCUGUUUGGAAAAGGUCGAUGCCAGCGCGACUACUAGUACACAUAGCGGUACCGGUGCCGCACGUAGCGAUGGUACUGCACGUAGCCAUGGUAGUGCUGCGAGUAGCUCUAGCUUGAUUCACAUGCAAGCAACUCUACUAGAGGAUCAAUGCUUGAUGGAAGCUGGCCUCAGUAGCACUGCGCGCAGCACCAGUACAUGUAGUAAACCCUGCUUGCUGCCUAGUAGUGCUGUGGUCCCACUGGGAGGCCCGGGCUCUACCGCUAGCUUGAAGGGGGGAGGUAUGUAUGCAACCACGACCAUCACUACCAACAGUGCGGUGGACUGCCACUCCUCCCAGAAGCUUGCUGUCGGUGCUAGUGCUAGUGCUAGUGCCAGUAGUGCUAGCAGCAGCAUGAGUGCUACUGCCAAGCGUAUGCUACCCUUGCAGGAUCUGAAUGGCAAUAUCACCCCCACUGAUGAGCCCACUAGUAGCACCAAUGCUGGUACCAAUAGUACUGCCUCUACAAACAGCACAACUCAUCAGCAUCAGGACCACCUAUUACAUCCUCCUACUUCCACCCUGUCAGCAGACACAAUACCCCGCGUCACCGCGAGCACUUGCUGCAAAACCACUACUAUCUACUUUGGUCUGGACCACAACAGCAGGAGCAACAGCAGCAGCAUACUGGAAAAGGUUCGAUUCUCGCUCUUGGGAAUCAGCACGGGGGAGGAUGCCAACCGGUCCAAGCAGCACGACAAGCCAACCGAACAUGACCUGGAACUGCAGCAGCAAGGAGAGGAUACCUUUAAUAAUGACUCCCAAGAAGGAACAGGAGAAGAUGAAGCCAUCCUUCAGUCACUCAAGCACAGAGAAAGAGCAAACCUCUACAUGCAUGGAGCUGCCAUACUAGGGCUACUGCUCGUCGUGUGUAUCGUAAUUGGAUUGCUCUUCCGAACCACUCCAUAG